CUCCUCCAUCGAUCCGCCCUGAGACUCUGGGCUGGACUCGCACUCUCACCAGCCGCGGCUCAUUCUUCCCCCUCCAAGAUGGAGGCCUUAGGGGGCUACCCUGCCAAGUCCUCCAACCCGAAAGCGAAGAAGCUGACGGUGCUGCUGAGCAUGACGGUCGGUGUGGGGUGUUUAUUCCUCCUGCAGACGCAGCUGGCGAAGCCCAGAAAACCUGCCGACUUUUACUCCUUCGAGGUGAAAGACGCGAAGGGCAGGACGGUGUCUCUGGAGAAGUACCGAGGGAAAGCUUCUCUGGUUGUAAACGUGGCGAGUCACAGCGAGCAGACGGAGCUGAACUACAGGUCCCUGCAGGAGCUGCACCGGGAGCUGGGCACCUCGCACUUCAACGUCCUGGCCUUCCCCUGCGGACAGUUCGGGGACACGGAGCCCGGGACGAGCCGGGACAUCGAGGCUUUCGCCAAGGCCACGUACGGGGUCACCUUCCCCUUCUUCAGCAGGAUCAAAAUAAUGGGCUCAGAGGCGGACCCCGCCUUCAGAUUCCUCACAGAUUCCGUCCAGAAAAUCCCAAAGUGGAACUUCUGGAAGUUUCUGGUGAAUCCGGAGGGGAAGGUGGUCCGCUUCUGGAGGACGGACGAGCCCAUGGAGAGCGUUCGUCAAGCCGUCACAUCACUGGUGCGAGAAAUCAUCCUGAAGAAACGGGUGGAGCUAUGAUGGAGGUCGUUGACAGACGCCGGACACGUCUGUGCGUGAGACGCCGGUGUUUCCCGUGUUUCGACAGCAGAGGAGGGACUGAACUCUGAACUGUGACAGCGAGCGUGGUGGGGCGACGUGUCGCUCCAGGAACAGUCAGGAUGCAAAGAUCCACUAGUGCUGAGAGAGUGUUUGUCUGUGUGCAUGGGGACCAUCCUGUGGUUAAUAGUGACAGUCAUGACGAACAUUCCUGAUAAUGACCACUGCUGCUGCAGCUGAAGGAUCGUUUAACCAUACAAGUGUUUGAUUCUGCAAAUGUUCAGUUUGGCUAAGUUGUACCAUCUAAUUCUGAUGUUUAUAUUAAAUUCCAGCACAUUA